ACGGUCACACUGAUUAGACCUCGUUUUUUCUGUGUAUUUUUUAUUGGACUGACAAAGUGCUUUAUAUGUUGUUAUAAUUUGGGAUUUCUUGAAUCUUUUGAUGGCAUAAUUACAAUGAGCGUUGUUUAGGAUUUCCAAACGAUUUCCAACAAUUGGAAUGUCGCAAUCUUUAGAAGGAAACUGAAAUAACUUGAUUUUAUAUCACCGCAUGCAUCUCUCUUCAAUACACACAUACUGUGUCCAUAGUGUGUGUCGUCCGCCAACAUCGUCUUCAGUCUUUAACAAAAGAACACUUUCGAUACAUUUCGUAAACGUGGCCACAGAACAACUAAGCUAUGGAAUCCAGUAACAAUACCUUGUAUUUCACGAACGGAGAGCGAGAGCGGGAGCCUACGUCUGGUGAUCAGCAGGCACAAGUUAGUAUUCAAGGCUAUAGGGAUGCUGGCGGGACAGGAUUUCAGACACGAAUGCAUCGCAACUUUAAACUGCUGGCGGAUCCACAACUUCUAAAAUGUGGCUCUAAACUAUAUCGCUACGAUGGUAUGGUUCCUGGAGAUCCCACAUAUCCGACAAUCACUCCCCGAGAUCCUCGGAAUCCUCUUAUUCGGAUUAGAGCUAAGCCCGUCGAGCCCAUAAUGUUGAUUGUACCACGCUUUGUAAUAGAUGCGGAUUAUGUUGGCCAGCCACCAGCUAUUGAAGUGACGGUAAUCAAUCUCAACGAUAAUAUCGAUAAACAGUUUCUGUCCAGCCUUUUAGACAAAUGCGGAUCCACCGAUGAAAUCAUUAUAUAUCAUCAUCCGACUACAAACAAGCAUUUGGGCAUUGCACGAAUUGUUUUUGAGAGCACUAAGGGAGCUCGACAAUUUGUCGAGAAAUACAAUCAAAAGUCGGUGAUGGGAAAAAUAUUAAAUGUAUUCUGCGAUCCAUUUGGCGCUAUCUUGAAGAAAUCGAUUGAAAAUUUAACGAAUCCUCCCAACAAUCAAACAAGAUCUCACAUUGACGCAACACAAGCUGUUUUAUCAUCAAAGGAUCUUGAAUAUGUUGAAAAGAACGAUGCAAAUGUUAUAUGUGGAAGUAGCUACAAUGCAUUUAAAAGGAAUGACGGUUUUGCAGGUGAAAUCGAUGGAGAUCAGCGACAUAGGGAUCGGGAACGAGAACGAUUGUUCAACGAUCGCACAUUACAUUCCGUAGAUAGAGCUUAUGACCGAGAACGUGUUAUACGAACUGCGAAUAAAUAUAGCAGCAGUUCGCGUCAUGGUCGACAUUUCUUUGCUAGACGGUCACGUGAACGAAGUCCAGAGUCAUCAAACGGCAGGGAACGAUUAUACAAAAGAGACAAAGAGAGAGAUCGUGAACGGGAACGAGACGCAAGGACAUACGAUUAUUCUCGAUCAAAGGGACGGGAUAAGUUUCGAGAUCACAAUAGAUCGAGAGAUCGGUCGAGGGAUCGAAUGCGGGAGAGAAGAGAUCAUCGCUUAAGUUCAUCAAAGGAAUGUGAUUACCGCGAACGAGAUCGUGAUCGAUCUUUCGCCAUUGACGGCGAAAAGGAUCGCAAUAAACGCUACGCAAGUAGUGAAUUUACAGAAGAUACAAAUAGCGCCUAUAAGAAUCAACACUAUUAUUCUAGCAUUUCGGCAUCAAAUUCAAUCGCGUCUGAUAAUUAUGGAUAUAGUCAAUAUUGUUUUGCUUUACCUGACAACAAUCAAUCAUGGACAAGCUCGAUGACGAUGAGAAGAUGGCCCUUGGCACCCCAGCCAGAUUCAAAUCCUGCGCCGCCACCUCCUCCACCUCCAGAGGAAGAAGAGAAUUGGGAUGAACCACUGCCGCAGCCAUCACAAGCGUUGUCAUUCUCAUUUCACACAAAGGAAAACUCAUAUUCAUCGGAGUCGGAUGUUAUAAAAUCUAUGUCUCCAAAACGUUUAAAUAACAGUGCAACAACUCACAAUCAAGAGACAUUAGGGGAAUCCGAUGUAAAUACAGAAAACGUCGAUUUGGACACGCGCAUUGCUUUGAUAUUCAAAGGGAAGACCUUCGGAAAUGCACCACCAUUUCUUCAAAUGGAUAGCAGUGAUUCUGAAACGGAUAAAACAAAAGUUGAAGAACAAAUUGAGGCUGUGGAGUCACAGCAGUGUGAUUCGAAUAGUUCACACACAAACACAAAAAAGAUUUUUGAGAAAAAUGUGAUGGUUCUGCAGAAUGGCGCUAGUGAUAUAUCGAGUGACGACGAUAUUUUGAUUAAAAAGGAUAUAGUAGUUGUUAAAACUCUCAUACAUAAAUCUGAAGGGAACGUUGAUAAUAAUGAUGAUAAUAUGUCUUUGUCUAGCUUAUCGUCGCAUGAGGACACUACAAAGAAGCCAACAGAAGAACCAACAAAUCAGCAAAAUACUAAAGUAAUGCUUGCUGUUGGAUACACUGAAACAAAUUCAAAUCAGAACAAUUGUAGUUAUUAUCACCAUUCCGCAUAUGGAGGAUAUGGACAUUACCCAACUGCGUCGGGAUUAACUGGCAAGUAUUUCUCAAAUACGGCCGCUUACAUGCAAUCAUCAUCAUACCUACCUGGAGUAGUAAGUACUGCUGAUGCCUUUCAUUUAGAUCCCUAUGUGCAAACUUAUGGUUAUACGCAUCCGGAUCAAAAUGAUGAAUUCAAACAAAAUGUGAAAAAAGUCACGAAUUUCAUAGUAGAGGAGCUCAAGCAAAUCCUAAAGAGAGAUGUAAACAAGCGUAUGAUUGAAAUGACGGCUUUUAAAAAUUUCGAAUCUUGGUGGGAUGAUAAAACGGAGAAAGCGCGUUCAAAACUCUUACCAACCACUACAGGUGCUGCUGAUUCGGUUACACCUAGUAUCACUAAUAAUCAACUUGACACGCGUGUUGCUAAUGAGAAGCCGCCUAAUAUCAACACAAUAAUCAAUAAUACUCAACGGGAGAUACAAGAUUAUCAAUCAUUUUCUAGUAUUGGAAUCCGUGCAGCUAUGCCAAAAUUGCCAUCGUUUCGACGAGUUCCAAAACAUCCUAGUCCUGUUCCAGAUAAAUUGGAAAGAGACCUUAGUGAUCAAGAAGAAAUGGUCCAACGAUCUGAUUCCGAAAAAGAAGAUUCAAAUAUUGGCAAUUCUGAUGCUCAAAAUAUGAAUUUAAAAGGGCGAACUUUGCAAAGAAAUUCAAAUAAAUUGCGCUUGUCGCAAUCCAGUAUACGUUUGAAGAGAAAAGGAAGUGCCUCAAGUUUUUUUUCAUCAUCCACAUCAUCGUCAUCAAAUAGCGAUGCUGAAAAUGAUGUGGACGAAAUUGCUGGCGGCACUGAAAUCGAUAAAAGCAGCGAUGAUGAAAGCUUCGAUGAUGAUUUUCCAUCAUUAUCCCAUUCAAAUGAAAGGGACAAACUAUCAAAAAAGCGUAUCCAAAAUUUAAAAAAUGUUGACGGCAAUUUGCAAAAUGAUUAUUCCGACUCAGAUGAAGAUAAUAACCAACCCAAUAAUCGAAUUCAAACUGCAAAGCGAAGUCGAAUGAAAAAAAUUGAUAUAUAUUCCGACACCGAUGAUGAUGAAAAUGAUCCAAAUACGGAAAAACUACGAUUAAUUACUUCCGUAUCGAAUGUAAUGUCAGCUAUACCAUCAGAUCUUGAAGAUAUUAGCAAAGAUAGUUGUUUUGGCAUCGACGAAAUUGCCAUAGCCAGCAAGACCGAUGAUAAAAUCGAUAAUGAGUUCCGUCGCUCACCUGCUCCAGUUCCACCACCCGAUUACAACGAGGAAACCGUACCAAACUCAAACGCUAUAUCCGCACAAGCACAAAAACCUCUUUUUGAAUACGAUCGUAUUUAUAGUGACAGUGAGGAAGAACGCGAAUAUCAAGAGAAGAGGCGCAGAAACACAGAGUAUAUGGCACAAAUCGAAAGAGAAUUUUUAGAAGAGCAAAAGAAAAAUGCUAAGGAUCAAAAUCCUCCCUCGUUAAGUAUGGAUCUAAAACUUGAGGUUGACAUGAAGAUGUCAUCAAUGGAAAUGCCCCCAACACCAGAUAUUUCGAAACUACCUCCAACACCAGGAGCGAAAUUAAAAAUAGAUUUGGAAGACGAUGUAUUGACAAUCUAUACAAAGAAGCUGCGAGAUACUGAUACUGACAAAAACUGCGAUAGCUUGUGUAGACAAGACCAUAUAAGAAAUGCUGAACUCGACGGUGAAAACGGAACUAAAGAUUUAAAUUCAGCUCAAUCGAAAAGUUUGCAACAUAUAAAUGGCAAACAAUCACCUGCUUCUUCUUCGGACAGUGGCUCGAGUCAGGCUUCACAGGCCAGUCAAGUUGCUCUUGAGCAUUGUUAUUCAUUACCACCUCAAGCACAAACCGACUCAGCCCGUAAUGUUGAAGCCAAGAUUAAAAAGGCAGAAGUUACAGCCCACAUUUCGCGGCCAGGUCCAGGAAGGCCACGUAAAGACUCUGCUCGUGCUCAAAAAAAAAGAAAGGAAAUUACAGGGCGACAAACGAAUAAAAAGGUGGAUACGGAUGGCAGUAUGAAAACAACACUUUCUGACUUGGCCCGUCAAACUGCCAAGUUUGUGCCAUGUGAAAUGUUUAAAACGCGAGAUCAAAAUGACGAGAUGGUCAUAUUGUACACAUUCCUCACAAAAGGCAUAGAUUUUGAGGAUAUUAAAUACAUAAAAAUGAGUUAUAGUGAGCAUUUGCAAAAGGAACCAUACGCUACCUUUUUAAACAAUACUCAUUGGGUCAAUCAUUGUAGUACGGACAGAGCAUUCUGGCCACCUCCAAACAAGAAACGUCGGAAAGAAGACGAACUAAUGCGCCACAAAACUGGAUGUGCUCGUACUGAAGGCUUCUAUAAGUUGGACGUACGAGAAAAAGCUAAACACAAAUAUCAUCAUACUAAGGCAAACACAUAUGAUUCUCAAAAUGAUGAUCGUUGCGACGAGCCAACGGCGUUAACGAAUCAUCACCACAACAAAUUGAUAUCAAAAAUGCAAGGAAUUUCACGUGAAGCACGCUCAAAUCAAAGACGUCUAUUGACGGCUUUUGGAUCAAUGGGCGAGUCUGAGCUGUUAAAAUUCAAUCAACUAAAAUUCCGUAAAAAACAACUUAAAUUUGCCAAAUCGGCUAUUCAUGACUGGGGAUUAUUUGCCAUGGAACCGAUAGCUGCUGAUGAAAUGGUCAUUGAAUACGUAGGACAAAUGAUUCGUCCAGUUGUUGCUGAUCUUAGAGAGACCAAAUACGAAGCGAUUGGCAUUGGCAGUUCAUAUUUAUUCCGAAUCGAUAUGGAAACUAUUAUCGAUGCCACAAAAUGCGGAAAUUUAGCAAGAUUUAUAAAUCACAGCUGCAAUCCAAACUGUUACGCUAAAGUCAUUACUAUAGAGUCUGAAAAAAAAAUAGUUAUAUAUUCAAAGCAACCCAUUGGAAUCAAUGAAGAAAUUACGUAUGACUACAAAUUUCCAUUGGAGGAGGAAAAAAUCCCUUGUUUAUGUGGUGCUCAAGGCUGUAGGGGUACACUUAACUAAGACUAAUUACAGAGUGUAUAAGUCAUUUUGUUGGUUGCGAUAUUAUUAUUAAAUAUGUACCAUUACAUAUAAUACAAUUUCUUUUUUUUAAAAAAGUAAAUGAAAAUUUGUGUAUCUAAUUCACUACCCCAAGAACUAAACGAUUCACUUCGUCGAAAUAGUGUAUCACUUUUAUUUGUAAUGCUUCGUUCACAAUAUAAUAAUUUUUUCGGUCCUUUCCAAAUAUUUAUUGUAAUAGUAUUCCUUGUGGCUUGUACAUAUACUAAUAUAGAUUAUUAUUAUAUAUUAAAAUGUAUAAUUUACCAUAAAAUGCCCAUUAUCUGUAUAUUGUUAAGUUAAAUAAAACAAAUUCUGUACAUUAUUUCUAUACAAAAUCAAUAUUCUUAUAUUAUUAUUUUUUAACUGCAAGUUACAGAGAUUCAUUUACGACAUUACAUUUUUUAUUUAUUCAAAAUUUGCAGCUGCACGCAUGGGUACCAAACGUUAGUGUCGCAUAUAAGACUAGCACAUUAUACUAUAUAUUGGAUCGCAUUCAGUCUUGAUGUUGUUUUAGGGAUUUUAUAUAUUUUGAGAAAAAUUACAUUUGAUAAUGAGAAUGACAACCCAUUAAAGUUAUAUUUUGUAUGUUUUGUGUUAAUGUCUUA